UGAAUCGAUAAACGACCACACUCGGUGAAGAACAUAUAAACACAACAAAACAUACCUGCUGCGCAUAUAUUUGGCAAUUAAUUGAAAUUAUAUUAAAAAGGCAAAUUCGUUGCAAAGAAGCAGUGUUAACGCUAGCAAUGUUUUCGAUAUUUGGCAAACGCAAGCCAGCCGAGACACCUACUGAGGAGGCUAUACAGGGCCCAUCGGAUGCGCCCAGACAAAGCAAUGGUGAUGAUUUCAUAUUUGUGGAACGCAAAACUGAUACCGAACCCAUCUCCUCUCCCAUUGGCGGUGUCAGCGGCAUGAUGUAUCCACCCAUGCCACAAUCAGCAUUUGGGCCCAUGCCAUACCCGCCAGCACCCGCGCUGGGCCCCAAACCAGGUGCAGCACAAAAUGUACCAGUAAACUAUCUUCAAGACAUACCAUUUGAGCUGUCGCCCCAGUUAUCGAGUAAGGAUGGUUUUAAUGGUACACAGUCGCAAAUCGAUCACAUUUUGGCGCUCUUGACUCGUCAAAUGUCUAUUGAUGGCCUUGCAGAUGAAUACACCUUCAGCCUGGAGCGUUCGGUGCAAAACGAGUGUUAACUGCAUUGAAUAAAUGUAAAUCUAAUUAUACAUACACUUUAUAACAUAUUAUAGAAUAAAUUUAGACCUGUUGCGAA